GAAAGGGGCUGGGCCACCAGCAAGAGCCCCAGGCCUGAGGCCAGGGGUGAGGCCAGACUUUCAGGGCAGACAACCCACCGAGGGCAAAGUCCAAGCAGGGGAAGGAAAGGCUGAUUUACAGUUUAAUAGCUCACCCUGGAAGCUGGCAGGACAGACAAGACAGACGCUGAGGCCAGCAGCCCCUGCUGAAACUCAGCCCUGGGCAGCCUUCUUGUAUACUGGCUCGGAAGAGACCCUCAGAGUAGCCAGGCCAGGGCACUCUCUCCUCAGAUCCCAGGCAGCCCCAGGGCAGGAUGGGCAGCCCAGUGCACCGAGUGUCGAUGGGGGAUACCUGGAGCAGGCAAGUGAACCCUGACAUAGAGAGAGAGAGGUGCAAGCAGUCCUUCGAUGUGGAACGGCUCACCCACAUCCUCGAUAGAGGUGCCCAGAACACUGCACUCCGGAGGAAAAUUGAAAGCAUCAUCCACAGUGACCCAGAGUUCAGCCUUAAGGACAUUUACUUCAUGUCCCAGAAUGAGCGAUACGAGAAUGCCAUUCGGAAGAAAGUCCACUUACAGAUGAUAGCACAGCACCUGGGCUGGUCGGAGGAAGGUCCUGAAUUAGCCUACGCUAACAGAGCCCUUGGUGGAGACGUGGGCUUAAACUUACAUGCUGUGUUCCUGAAAGCCCUCAGGAGUCUGGGCUCAGAUGAGCAGAUUGCCAAAUGGGGUGUGCUCUGCAAAGAGUACCAGAUCAUUGCAACAUACGCCCAGACAGAAUUGGGACACGGGACGUACCUUCAGGGCUUGGAGACCGAAGCCACCUACGAUGCAGCCACCCGAGAGUUUGUAAUGCACAGCCCCACGCUGACUGCCACCAAGUGGUGGCCUGGGGAUCUGGGACGGACAGCCACGCACGCCCUGGUCCUAGCCCAGCUGAUCUGCUCAGGAGCCCGGCGGGGCAUGCACGCCUUCAUUGUGCCCAUCCGGAGCCUCCAGGACCACACCCCACUGCCAGGAAUCACCGUUGGAGACAUUGGGCCCAAGAUGGGCCUUGAACACACAGACAAUGGCUUCCUGCAGCUGGACCACGUGCGGGUCCCCCGGGAGAACAUGCUGAGUCGCUUUGCAGAGGUCUUGCCAGAUGGUACCUACAUCAUGCUCGGAACAGCACAGAGCAACUACCUUUCCAUGGUGGUGAUGCGAGUGGGAAUGCUGCUGACUAUCGUCCUACCCCUGCUGCAGAAGGCUUGUGUCAUUGCCAUGCGCUACUCAGUCAUACGCCGCCAGUCCCGGCUCCAGCCCAGUGACCCAGAGGCAAAAAUCCUGGACUACCAGACGCAGCAGCAGAAACUCUUUCCCCAGCUGGCCAUGGCCUAUGCUUUUCAUUUCCAAGCCGUCAGCCUCUUGGAAUUCUUCCAGGGCUCCUACAAUGCCAUUCUGCAUGGAGACUUCAGCCUCCUGCCUGAGCUCCACGCGCUGAGCGCAGGUCUGAAGGCCAUGGUGUCGGACUCCUGCACCCAGGGAGCUGAGCUGUGCCGCAGGGCCUGCGGCGGGCACGGCUUCUCAAAGCUGAGCGGCCUGCCAUCGCUGGUCACCGAUGUAACAGCCUCCUGUACCUAUGAGGGUGAGAACAUGGUGCUCUACCUGCAGAUGGCCAGGUUUCUGGUGAAUAACUACCUGCAGGCUCAGAAGUCCCCAGGCUCCACGUCACAGAGAUCUCUACCUCAGUCUGUCGCGUACCUCGCUGCACCCGUACUAGCCAGGUGCCCAGCCCAGAAGGCAGCAGACUUCCUCCGCCCGGAGCUCUACACUGCAGCCUGGGCACACACAGCAGCCAGGCUUAUAAAGGAUUCAGCUCAUCGUUUACAGACCCUGAGGCGAUCUGGGGCCGACUGGCAGGAGGCGUGGAACUGCACCACUGUCCUACACGCCCAGGCUGCUAAGGCGCACUGCUACUACAUCAUUGUGAAGAGCUUCACACAUGCUCUGGAGGAACUGGAAAAUGAGCCGGCCAUCCAGCAGGCGCUCAAACGUCUCUGUGACCUCUACACCUUACACAGCAUCUUGACCAACGCAGGCGACUUUCUCCACGAUGGCUUCCUUUCUGGGGCCCAAGCAGACAUGGCGAGGACAGCCUACCUGGACCUCCUCCCCCUGAUCCGGAAGGACGCCAUCUUGUUAACUGAUGCUUUUGACUUCACUGACCAGUGUUUAAACUCAGCACUUGGCUGUUAUGAUGGAAAUGCCUAUGAACGUCUGUUUGAGUGGUCUCAGAGGACGCCAAGCAAUACUCAGGAUUUAUCACAGAGUAGACACUCCAUGUUUAUGGGGUAAAGGAACAUGGUUUUCUGACCUACCCAGUGAGAUGACGGACCCUGGUGCAUACAAGAUGCUGCAGAUUCUCACCAUCCUAGCUUACAUUGUUGUAGAGUCGAUUGCGACUCAUAGUGACCCCACGUGACACAGGAGAACUGCCCUAUAGGGUUUUUUUGGCUGUCAUCUUUAUGGAAGCAGAUCACCAGGUCUUUCUCCAGUGGAGCCACUAGGUGAGUUUGAAUUGUCAGCCAUUUGGUUUACAGCCGCGUGCCUAACCAUUGUGCCACCAGGGCUCCUUUAGCUUACAUUACCUUGCUAGAAAGGUGACAGGUACAGUAAUGUGGCUUUCCUAUACAGCAAUUUCAGAAUGUGAGAUUACAAAUGACCUCGAAGAACUGUUUCUAGUUAGUUAAAAUGACACUCAGUUGACUGCUAAUAUUUAGAUGCAUGAUCUUUCAACACAUCUCUAGCUCCUUCAGAGGCCACCAAAAUAGCAUUUUUAAAGUAUAUUUUUCUAAAUAAUUUCAAAGCUGCAUUCAGACACAUUUUUCCUCAUUUGCUCUAGUAGAAAAAGGCACGCUAUAGACAUUUCAAACAAAUUAAAACAGCAGCUAUGUGGAAACAUGCCUUGUAGACACAAAAGUACAGUUAGGAAUAUGUUUCACUGACAUUUUCUGUGGGAAGGAAAGUGCUAUGCCAAGUUAGAUGCCUUAGAAUCACAGGAGAGCCCCUUGUCUGGGACAAGUUGUGUUGGGUUUUAUCUCCAGACAGGAUGAUGCUCUCUCUCAGCUUCCUUCACCCAUGGCCUCUGCUUUUUGGCUUUGUUCCUGAUCUGGAUGUUAUUUCAAGCCAUUUUCUCUAAAGCGAACUGCAAAAGGCUCCUUCCUCCUGCCCAGGUGAACUCCCAUCUAAGUGAUUCCCUAUAGACGCAAGCAGUAGAGGAACCUCGACGGUAACUUCAAAACAGAACACUAUGUCCGUCCAAUUACUCCCCUGUAUAAAUCCGUACAAGUAGUAGCCAGAUGUGCUAAACACAUCUACUGAUUCAUUCAUUCAAUCGUUCAAUAAAUAUUUAUCGAGCACGUUACAUGCCAGAAGCCAUUCUAGGUACUCAGGAUACAAUGGAGGACAAAAGAAACGUAGACUCUGAUUUCAAGGAGUUUACAGUUUUAGUGGAUUAGAGGGGCAAAAAAUUAAAUUAAUAAAUACUAUAAAAAGUAAAGCCAGAGCUGUGGAUGGAAGAAUCAAGACACUGCAUUACAGAAUAAUGGGGAUAACCUACUCUGACGUUGAAUAUUGCUUACCUGAUUCCACCUUUUGGGUUCCUGGGUUUGUAGUUAGUGUUCAAUUUCAAAGGGACUCAAAAAGUCAAGCCUCUUAGUCACAUUAUAUUCCAAAAGCAAACGAUAAUCUGUGUUCUGUUUUGUUUUUUUAGUUGGCCACCUGCAUCCACAAUUUAAAAUCUGCAUGAGAAAAGGAAGGAUGCCCUUUGGAAAAAUGUUUCUCCAUAUGUUCACACAAAAUGAAUUUUAAAAAUAAUUUUAAAAAUUAAGGAUCUUAUGUAACGUUACUUUUUUGAAGCUAAAGCCUUAAUUUGAAAGUAAAAGUCAUUAAUCCUCACAGAGAUAUAAUUUUAAUAAUGCAUUUCUUUCUACAAACAGGCGAACCCUGCCUACGAGAAAUACAUAAGACCACUAUUGCAAAGCUGGAAAGCCAAGCUAUGAGAAAUAACUAAAAGUAUUCAAGAGGCAAACAGCACCACUAUGUGAUCGUGGUACUACGGCAAGAUAUAUAAAAUUAUAUUUUUAAAUUACAUUAUAUGUGUAUAUAUUUUUAAAGAGAAUCCUUACCUUUUGGUGACAAAUUCUGAAGUAUUUAAAGAUGAAAUUAUAUCUUUCAUUUACUUCUAAAUAAUCCAGCGGGAGGAGAAAGUGGGAGUGAGUAAUUGUUGAAGUUGGUCAAUGGGCACAUGGCAUCCAGCAUCUCUCACAGUAAAAAACAGUACCACUGUCCAUUUGUAGCAAUCUGUUCUGUUAAACACCAUGUGUUUGCUCUGGAUCUAGCAAAAGCCACCAGAUUCACUGGUCUAUGUCUGUGUCUUUAGCACACAUUGGUUCUAGGACUUAAAAAUACAAACACUUGCACACACACACUCCUACUCCAAAAGUUCUUAUAGUAGGUAUAAUGAAAAUAAAAUUUAGGGCCCUAAGAAUGCAACUGGAGCCCUGGUGGCACAGUGGUUAAGAGCUCGGCUGCUAACCAAAAGGUUGGCAGUUCAAAUCUACCAGCUGCUCCUUGGAAACCCCAUGGGGUAGUUCUACUCCGUCCUCUAGGGUCGCUAUGAGUCAGAAUUGACUCGAUAGCAAUGGGUUUGGUUUUUGGUUAAGAAUGCAACUAACAUGAAUUUUAAAAAAUCAACUCUUCCAUGAUGAAAAUGAUUUAAAAUUUUGUUAAAAGACCUAAUUUCUCAAAUUGUCCAUAUAAUCAAGUAACAUUUUUCACAUCACUUUCAACUGGUAAGUAGAUAAAACACUCCAAAUUAAAAGCCACUAGACAAAUUAAGGAAACCCUGGUGGCGUUGUAGUUAAGUGCUACAGCUGCUAACCAAGUGGUUGGCAGUUCGAAUCUGCCAGGCGCUCCUUGGAAACUCUAUGGGGCAGUUCUACUCUGUCCUAUAGGGUCGCUAUGAGUCGGAAUCGACUCGAUGGCAGUGGGUUUGGUUUUGGUUUAGACAAAUUAAACUGUAACAAUCUCAGCUGGCCACUUUCUCAAAUUUACUUAUAUGAACUUAUAUAAAGUAAAUCUGAGAAAAUCUACCAAAAGCAAACUUAUCUCCAUUAAACUGGGCAAGAAAAAGAUCUCAUAAGUCUUUAACUUAAAAAAAAUUUGGAACUAGUAUUAUUCCCAUUUCCACACCUGUUUUCAACUCCAGUCAUUUUAUUUCACAUUCAUCUCAGCUAACUCAACAAUAAUAAUUGGUCGGUUUUUUAGGUAACCACCAGCUAAUUUGAAGAAGAAAAUUUUCCAGAAGGAUAACCUCAUAUCAGCACAUUGACUUACCAAAACCACUGUCAUCUGUCAAUAACACUAAGGGAUUUUUAGUUUGAAGAUGGUAAACAUGGGAUGAUUAUAGGUUUCUGGAUAUCGGUUAUUUGUCAAAUCUUAAAAUAAAUUUUCAGAGACGUAACGGGCAAAAAUGGAUGUAGGUAAGUGUUCUCAUCCCUAUUGUGGGCUGAAUUGUGUCCCUCAAAAUAAUCUAUUAAAAUCCUAACCUCUUGCGGUACAAUGAAUUACUCAAUAUGGCCAUUCUAGCCAUAGUCUCUGUGAUUCACACACAAUGAUUAAGUUUGACUAGGCAAAUAAGGUAUAUGGUGCCUUAAGAAGUGGAUUGGUCAGUUUUGCCAUCCCGCUAGGCUUAAAAUGAGCCAUUCUAGAGGUGGGAGGAGAGAAUCUCACCACCACCCAGGAAGAACAGCCAGGAGUGGAGUGAAUCAUUUGGACCUGGGAUCCCUGUGCUGAAAAGCCCCUGUAACCAGGAGACCAAGAGAGGGAAAGAGACAGAGCUGUAACACUGAAGAUGGUGAGAAGUGGUACCAGAGAAACAUGGGCAGCAGAGGCAGGAGACCAGCAGGAGAUGGUGUGGUGGGCUGGGAGCCCACGGAGCAAGAAAGCUGAGCACCUUCAGGCAGGAGGCUUCCUGAUGGAGUAGGGUGCCUCCAGGCGCUCGGUGGAGCUCGGUUUGCCAACCCAGGGAGCUAGAGCUGAACACCUUCAGGCCAAGGCUUACUAGCAGAGUGGAGUGUCUCUGGGCACUUAUCUAAAAGAGCUCAGGCAGAGGCUGAGGGCCAGAGAGGCAAGCCUGUGGGUACGGCUGAGGCUGUCCUGAUGGAAGAACUGUAUCCUGAGUGUUCCCGAAACUGAAUUGUUACCUGUUGCCUCCCUAAUAAACCCCAUAAUCGUGAAUAUUGUGAGUUCUGUGUGGCCACUGCAAUGGAUUAUCGAACCCAGCAGAGAAGUAGAGAAUGCCAUGGGAUGGACCAUUGUUAUCAGAGUUGGUAAAGAUGGUGUUUGACCUCUGCCUCACGGGAAUCAGCCUUGGGCUGCUGAUCUUGAUUCUCCUUCCCUCUUGUGAAGUGAGAGGACAGAUGCCACCCCCAUGUUGUUCUUACACCUCUACACCUACGAGUACGACUUGUUUGGAAAUAGGGGUUUUCUUUAACAGUUAAAUGAAAGGAGGUCACUCUGGAAUGAAGUGGGUUCUACUCCUGAUCCCUUCUGGGUGGUGUUUUAUAAAAGGCAGAACAGACAAGGGAGCAUUUGAGCCAAAAAAUACCAAGAAAUGCCAGGGACUACCAGAAACGAAAAAGACGGGAAGGAGCUUCCCCUGAACAGAAAGCACAGCCCUCCCACACUCUGAAUCUGGACUUCUACAGCCCCCCACUUUGUGACAUUUGUUAUGGUAGUCUAGAACACAGACACCCCCCUUUCAGAAAGGGAAUCUCAGACUCUUCCACGGACAUAAGGAGAAAAGGAGUAUGUGCCCCACGGCACACAGCCUCAGAGCUCCAGCAGUUCCUCAGAAAACCAGGGAAGAAAAUUACAAGACUUCCUUUUAAAAGGUGUUUUAGCAAACUAGGAAGAUUCAUUACAGUUAACAUAAUCCUUCGAGUAACUUUCAAGAAACAGAAUCAAGUCAGCUAUGCAAAAUAGGAGUACAGCGAAAUAAAUAAAAGCAUGUAUAUUUUUCAAACUGUUCCGGAACCUUAUUUCAUUGUAAGUUUAUUUCUUCUGAUCAGAAAUAAACUUAACUUGGAUAAUAAGAAGCAUUUGUGAGUCUCCACCAUAUACUCAAGUGGCUAAAGAGCCAAUGUGUUCCUGUGCUUAGCACGAAGCUGGAGUCAGAGUCACAUUCAGAGCUGACAACUGGUGGCUCAUUGAAGAAAAGUCUGUAACCCUCAACAUAAGUCCUAUUUGAAAAAUAUUUGUCCGACUGUAUGUUCACUGUUGAAAUAUGCACUCUUUUAGGCAAUAUGAGUAAUUCCACCCUUUCUGCUCAAAUGACACAGCAGAGUUCUUACCAACUCUAAGUAACCCAAGGUUCUACUGAGACCUCUCAAAUCAGAUGCAAAUUUGCUACCGACAGUAUACACUGGGAUAAAAAAACAAUGCAUAUUUUACAUAAGGAAAAUGAUUUCUCCCCUAAGUAAUAUUAAUCAAUAAAUACAAACCUAAUUUUCAUAUUUUACUUUUUUAUUAGCUUUUUCCUGGUAGACAGUACACUUGAGAAUUAUACUGCACCAGGCAUAAAAAGUAAGAUCUCUACCACAGGGACAUUUUGUAUUCGGAAUCCAAUAUAAAUAUUUCUAGUCAGACAUUUCCAUGGCUACAGAUAUUUGGUUGCUUGAUUUAUAUGCAUAGAAAGAAACAGUUGUCAUAACUGUAAAAAGCAGUACUUAACAAGUACUUUUAAAUGAUUGGAACAGUUUUCCUUUAA